CUUCGGUUGCCAGGCCUGCUACCGGUAUAUCGUGAGCCUCACAAUGCUAGACCAUCAGCUCGCCGGUGAUGUCUAUGGCAUAGAAAAGGCAGGACUCGAAGUGAGCGGCUUCCAGCUUUUCUGAAAUAUCGCAUGUCUAUCUCGAUUUGGAACUUAGUGAUUCAGUGGAUAUUCCCGCGAAGGCAUUUUCUGUAACCCACGAGCAAUAUCCAGUUACCAGUAACGGGCCUUGUUGAUAUGGCCUCAAAGCGACAACGCCACAAGAGGCCUGCGCUACUCUCUCAUGGUCGUCCGCCAACAAUCAAACCAAAGAGUGCGGCACUGUCUUCGAAAGCUACUCGGAAUCUCAUCCGCACUCACCAUCGACUCAUGAAAUUGCGCGCACAUGCUUUACAGGAGGGCAAUCAUGUACUUGUCAGCGAUGUCGACGCUCAAAUCGAAGCGAACGGCGGGCUAGAUAGUUAUCAACUCGCAAGCAAAAUUGGACAGUCAUUAGAACGCGGGGGUGAUUCGAGCAAAGCCCUUGUUGAUUGGAUAGCGCCAAAGUUGGCACAGCUCAAAGGCACGCCUUUCAAACUUCGACUUCUAGAGAUCGGAGCACUUAGCACCAAAAAUGCCUGUUCAUUGGACCAACGCCUUGAUUGCACGCAGAUUGACCUGAAUUCCCAGGAGCCAGGAAUCUUACAGCAGGACUUCAUGGAACGGCCUCUUCCUCGCCAUGAUGGCGAGCGAUUUCAUCUAAUCAGUCUCUCGCUAGUGCUUAAUUACGUCGCAAGCGCCACUGGUAGAGGGGACAUGCUGAAGCGUUGUGUGACUUUCUUAACGAAGUCACUUCCUCCAGAUUGUCCUAUGGCCUUCACACCAAGCCUAUUUCUGGUGCUACCACUUGCAUGCGUCAACAAUUCACGAUACCUCACGGAAAGCAGGCUGCAUGAGAUUCUUUUCAGCUUGGGGUUUACUUUAGCGAGAUGCAAGAAAACUUCGAAGCUAAUAUUUCAGCUCUGGGAAUAUGGUGAGACGCCCAGGCCCAGGCCGUUUAGGAAGGAAAUAUUAAAUCCUGGGAAAACGCGGAAUAACUUUGCCAUUGUUGUCCGUAAAGAGGACAGUUGAAAAAAUCGAGAGCAGUCUAUCUAGCAGGAACCAUGUCUUCGGGCAAGAAUGCCCAAGCAGUCCCAACAAGCGCCAAUGUUGAUGAUACAGCAAGAAUGAACCAGUCGAGUAUGCGUUCACGCCGGCUAAUCUCUUUCCCGAAUAUUCUCAAGUAAAAAGCGAUUGGUAGAAUCACACAGAUUGUGAAGCAUAAACAGGAUCCCAUCAGCGCCAUGAUCCUGUCAAAUGAUGGGAAGAUAACGGCCAUAAUAACAAUCACGACCACAGUGAGAACACGGACCAUGAUUUUUGAUAACUGCCGAAUUACUUCUUUCAACUCCCCGGGAUUAUUAGUCGUCGCUUCGACCCGUGGAUUUAACCCACAAAGAAUCUCGACAGUAGCCACCAGAGGCCGGCAACUGGGUUCUCGUCAGCGAUCAAAUCCCAUGAGGGAGAAACUGGAUAAAGUUUGGAUAACUCACUUCAAAGGCACUUUGGUAAUCGGGAUUAUUGAUAUGAAGACUAUCAUGCAUAUCGAUAAUGUGUGGGGGUAAUCGGUAAGUAGCAGGACGUUUGCCGUAACCUCGUCUCGAACAGCGUCCCCAAACAUGACCCAGCCGAUUAUGGCCAUAGCACAGUCAAGUGAGUACUGUUAUAAACAUUUAGUUUAAAAUUUGAGUCUUUUAAAGUAUUU